GAGCGUUAUGCGAAAUAUGCAGAAUUCGCCAUAGGCGAUGAAAGCGACAACUAUGCUUUGAAUAUAUUGGAAGGGUUUUCGGGCGAUGCGGGCGAUUCUAUGAACGAGCAAAGAGGGCAACAAUUUACUACUAAGGAUCGCGAUAAUGAUAAGAAUGCAUGGUAUAAUUGUGCUGUCAAGUCUGGGGGCGCUUGGUGGUACAAUCGCUGUCACGAUAGUAAUCUAAACGGACGAUAUUUGUUUGGUGAAUACUAUGACCAUUCAGAAGGUGAGGGCAUCGAUUGGUACACCUGGCAUGGUCACGAAUAUUCACUGAAGUACGUGCAUAUGGCUAUCAGGCCGAAAGCAGCCAUUUCCUAAAGCUGAAGGCAAAGUACAUACUUUUAUACAGUAAAUAUUGUAUGGAAAAAAAUUUUCGAAGACCAUAGCAUGUUAUUAAAUGAAAAUAAAAAAGUAUUUAAUAUGAAAUGUUUUCGCUGGAG